ACCAUGUGAAACAUCCAUCCCACCAUCUCGGUGUCUUUCUAUUUGAUGGCAGAACUAUGAGAAGAAGAAGGCACAUAGAGGCAGCAGGCCAAAUUCAGGGACCUGUGACCUGGCUAUGACCUGGAUGCCCACGGGUUCACCUACAGCAGAGUGAUAACUGAUGUCCAGGGUGUCCACAUACCUCGGACUCCAUUACUGGAAUUGUCAACUCUGCCAAUUUCCUUGCACAUUUCUCCUCCACUAUGAGCAGACCAGUCACACUGCACACUUGUCUGGCUUUCUGUGGCCUUCUGCUUCUCAACUUUGCAGCACGAUGUCUGGCCUUUCCCCAAACAGAAAGGAGUGAGAUAGCGUAUGUUCCUGCAGAGGAAGGGCAGUUUGAGAAGAUGAACGCAGAUGACCUAGAGAACAGCUCCAUUACCUCAAAGCAGGUGCCUCACAUGGUGGUCUCUGAAGGUCCACUGCCGUCCGCAGGGCCAUCAGCCGUGCCAUCAAGUCAAGUGUUCUUGAUUAACAAAGAAACCCCUCCUGGAGGAGCCGGGCUCCUGCCUUAUGCUGCUACUGCGCCAGCAGGCCCAGCAGGUGAAGACGUGUUUGGUUCCAGCCAGCCAGAGAGAAUGUCUCCGGAAAUUAGACCUUUCAAGGCUGUGUUCACCACUGCUGUCGCUGCAACUGCUUCUCUGCAUAGUGAUGGAAAGGAGGAGGGCCGCAGGAGGACCAGCAUGCAGCCCACUGCAGAAGGGGCCACAGAAGCAACACUGAGCCAUGUGGAUGACCAGUUAUUUGCAACUGAAAGUCAGGAAGGAGUUAGUCUGGGACACUCAUCUUCAUCCCAUGUGAAUGCUAAAGAAAUGCUGACCGCCUGGCUGAGGCCUGAGGAAUCUGAAGCAUCCCCAGACCACAGAAAAACGUCUUUUCCUGGUACGGGGUCCACAGCAGGCCCUGAGCCUGAGAGCCUCACACCUGAUAAGGAGAAGCUUGUGCAGAUGACAGCUGACGAUACCCAGGUGACUUCUACCAGGCAAUCAUUCAUGACUUCUGAGCAUACACUGAGUGUCCAGCCGGAAACUGAUAGUCUGCUGGGAGCCCCACAAGUCACACUGAGUGUCAGCACAGCUGUCUCAACUGCUAUUGUCUUAAGUGAUGAGUGGGAUGACACCAAAUUAAAGAGUGUAGGCCAAAUAAAGACCUCAAAGCUUGGAGACAGUGCAGGGGCUCAGGUGAGAGUGGAAAUGUCUCCGACAGCACAGGCACGCCAUGAGGGGCUGGAAGGGGGCUGGCCUCCGACAGAGGCUGCGCACGUGGCUCUGGGGCUGGCCAGAGGGGAAGCACACAUGGGGACAGUCCUGGUAACAGCACAAGGGGAUGAGCUGUCUCCUGCCUUCACCCAUCAGAGUUCCUUUCCCCCCACAAGCCUGAUGGAAGACACAACAGUUUCUGUUGUGAACCUGUUCCAAAGUACGGGAGACUUCACGGAAUCCAUCAAGGAAAAGGAUGCUGGGUCUUCCUUAGAGACCACUGUUUCCAUCUCAGAGUAUGAGUCCGAGGCAUAUCAACUGUUGGGAAAUACAUCAAAAGACAUUAUCACUCAAGAGAUGACAACAGCUGUUCAAGAACCAGAAGCCACUUUGUCCUUGGUGACACAAGAGCAGGUCGCUCUCCUUGAGGUUACUGGAGACAGUGGCAAGACAGAGGCUGGAGAAGAGCUGCCCACUCCUGUGUCCAGGGAACCUGGUGUUACUCAGCUGUCAAGAAAAAGGGAGCCUCUGGCCACUGCGGUUUCAACUACAGCUGCCCCUUUGUCUGUGGAAGUGACUCCUGCUGUGGAAGACCUCAUGGACACAGUCACAGGACCAGGUGAGGAGUUGACACCAGUUCUGGGUUCUCCGGUAACGCCCCCAGGAAUGACGGUGGAGACACCCCACCUUUCCCCGAUGCUGCCCGCUUCAGAGGUGUCCUCUGAGAAGGGAACUGUCUGGCCAUCCAUUAGCCACGUCAACACAGCCGCCUCUUAUGGCUUGGACCAGCUCGAAUCUGAAGAGGGAGAGGAAGAUGAGGAUGAAGAGGAUGAAGAAGAUGAAGAUGAAGAGGAGGAGGAUGAGGAGGAAGACGAGGAGGAUAAAGAUGGGGACUCCCUGGGUGAGGGUUUGGACGGUGCUGCGGAGCUGCUGGGGUUCACGCUCCCUGGCGUCACAUCCCAGGAGCCUGACACCGAGCAGGGGAGCGUGGGCCUGCUGGAGGGAGCCACCUACCAGGUGCCAGACGCCAUCGAGUGGGAGCAGCAGAACCAAGGCCUGGUGAGAAGCUGGAUGGAAAAAUUAAAAGACAAGGCUGGUUACGUGUCGGGGAUGCUGGUGCCCGUGGGGGUUGGCAUAGCCGGUGCCUUGUUCAUCUUGGGAGCGCUGUACAGCAUUAAGGCUAUGAAUCGUCGAAGGAGAAAUGGCUUCAAAAGACAUAAAAGAAAGCAGAGAGAAUUCAACAGCAUGCAAGAUCGAGUAAUGCUCUUAGCCGACAGCUCUGAAGAUGAAUUUUGAAUCAGAUGGAAGUUUAAUUGGGAUGUUCAACAGUGUUAUUACUUUAUUUUUUAUUUUGGAGCAAAAAUAAAAAUGAAUGACAUCCUGCCACAAUGCUGCUCUCAGGCUGUUGGUCCUAGAAUCUGCUUGGUAGUAGAUUUCUCUAGCACUGAGCAGAAAAGGCAUGCUGCAUCCUACACAUCACCUGCAGUGUCUGGCUUUACCAUGUGGUGCAUUUCCUGCGACCGUGGGCUGCAGGUGAUGGAGGUGCAGUGAACAUGCUGCUGGGUAGGCACUGCUAGGUUAAGUAGAGAAAACAUUUUGUGUUUUUCCACUUGUGUAUUUUUCCUUGGUUUGUAUUAUGUGCAUUCAGUAUAACGAUUGUCGCUGCCAAGCCAUGCUGGACUUUGAAAUAGAAAUCUUAAAACAGAGUAACUUCUCGUGAUUGCAGUCCGCACACGGGAGACCACAGGCCUGUUGGCAAUGGUAGAGACGGCAUUUGCAUCCAAACUAGCAGCAGCUUGGCAUGAAAUCUUGUUGGUCAAGAAGAUGUCUCUGCACACUAGGGUUACGUAGAUUUGUAUGUAGUACUUGCCUUAUGUACUUCAGUCUCCUAGUUUUAUUAUUUUUCACUGUGUGUUUUAUUUUUAUUCUUGGCAAAGAAAAAAUGUACCACAAA